UUUUUCCUCCUCCUCCGCCGCUUCUCCUCCUCCUCGUCUUCUCAGGCUCCCCUCCGCUCGCCUCCUCUCCUCCUCCGCCGCCGUCGCCGUGAUGGGGACGGGAUCCAAGAAGAAGAAGACGGUGUCGUGGUGCACGACGGAGGUAUCGGAGGGCACGCACGCGUUCAAGAUCGUCGGCUACAGCCUCAACAAGGGCAUCGGCGUCGGGACCUUCAUCCGGUCGGGCACCUUCGCCGUCGGCGGCCACGAUUGGGCCAUCCGCCUCUACCCCGACGGAGUCACCGAGGAUUCCAUGGACUACGUGUCGGUGUAUCUGGAGCUGAUGACCGAGAACGCCAAGGCCAUGGCGUUCUACACGCUGGGCCUGGUUGAUCCGGUCACCGGAGGGAUCCGCUGCAAUUGGUCCCGAUCAUCGCCGAGGCUGUUCGAUUCCUCCGAUUCGAGCCGUUUCGGGCCAAGAUCCCCACUCUUCAUACCGAGAAGUGAUCUGGAGAUGGAGGAAUCUGGCUACAUUGUGAAUGAUCGCCUCACGGUUGAAUGCGAGGUUACUGUCACCAAGGGGCCGCAGGUGUCAAGAACCAUUGGUUGCUCUGAAAUCGGCGUGCCACCUUCAGAGCUAUCUGAACAUUUUGGGAAGCUGUUGGAGGAGGAAGAGGAUGUAGGGAGGGAUGUGGUUUUCAGUGUCGAGGGAGAGUCCUUCGCCGCGCACAAGCUCGUGCUCGCCGCGCGAUCGCCCGUCUUCAAGGCGGAGUUUUACGGGGAGAUGAUUGAAAGGGGCACAUUUUCCAUAGAUAUCAAGGACAUGCAGCCUUCUGUCUUCAGGGCUCUCCUGCAUUUCAUCUACACUGAUGUGUUGCCUGCUGACAUUGGCGAUCUUGAGGGAGAUGAUUAUGUCGAAUUUAUCCGGCAUCUAGUCGUGGCGGCGGAUAGAUAUGCCAUGGAUAGGUUGAAGUUGAUGUGCCAAAGCAUCCUUGGAAAGUAUGUUGAUGUGAAGAACGUGGCGACUACGCUGGCUUUAGCUGACCAGCAUAACUGUGAUAAGCUUAAGGAUGUUUGCAUUCAGUACAUUUGCUCUCUGGAUGAGGUUGAUGCUAUGGUCAGGACCAAAGGCUAUGCAAAUCUCAAAAGAAGUUGCCCUUCUGUGUUGGCAGAUUUAUUUGAGAAGACAAGCAAGUUCCGUGCUUCUUGAUUAAUUAAGCUUACUCUAUGAUUAGUUAAUUUAGUUCCCUAUAGUAUUAGCUUGUCCAAACUUUAAGCCAUGGGCUGUUAGUUUAGAUCUAGGUGACCAAUUCAUGGAUAGGUUAGCAGAGCUGAUGGGUAGGUUAUUCACUUUAUUUUUGAUUUAAAUGAAUGGCCUGCAGCUAAUUUUCAUAGAGUGGCUCAUAUCCUGGUAACCCAUGUGUCAUUAGUUUAUGUCUUAAAUUUUGUGCACCCUUUUGUCGAACGGUUAUUGUAUAAAUUGUCAAAUAUCAGUGUCUUCAGCUGUCCAGUAAAUAAAAAAGAACUUGCUUAUGCUUAUAGUGCUUUGAUAAUGAAACCACUACAGAAUACAGAUAACAAAUGCAUGUCAUUGUGGUAGGAAUGGA